GGCCGUAGCCAGAACAGUGACGCGCUUCCGUGGGUGGGGUCGGCCGCGCGCACUCUCACUUCCGUCGCGCCUGCGCAGUUGGCUCUCGGGCUCUUAGAGUUGUGGCGGUUUAUUGGGAUCAGCCGUCAAAUAGACUGUGCUCCUUAACUGACGAGGGCGAUGCGCUCUGGUGCAGCCGUCAGGGCCUGCCAGAAAGUCUGCAGGUGCCUGUUGUCUGGGUUUGGGGGUCGAGUAGAUGGGGGGCGGCGGGACCGGUUGAUGGAAGGGAGUAGCUCUCUCGGAGGGCCCCUGACUUCGCACGAGGAGCUGCCGCGGGGUAGCGAGCCGAGAGAAGCCCCGGAGUCCGGUGGCGAGGGCAGCGAGGCGCUGGUGGAGCUCUGUCAGAGAAGGCAUUUCCUCAGCGGCACCCAGCGGCAGCUUAGCCGAGAGUCUCUUCUGAGCGGGUGCCACCCCGGCUUUGGCCCGUUGGGCAUAGAGUUGCGGAAGAACCUCGCGGCGGAAUGGUGGUCCUCGGUGGUAGUGUUCAGGGAGCAGGUCUUCCCGGUGGACGCCCUCCACCAUGAACCAGGCCUUUCUCUGCCCGGGGACAGUGCCUUCAGGUUAGUUUCUGCGGAAACGCUGCGCGAAAUCUUGCAAGACAAAGAGCUGAGUAAGGAACAGCUAGUAGCAUUUCUUGAGAACUUAUUAAAAACUUCUGGGAAGCUACGGGAGAGCCUUCUUCACGGUGCCUUGGAACACUAUGUUAAUUGCCUGGAUCUGGUAAACAAGAGGCUACCUUUUGGCCUUGCUCAGAUUGGAGUGUGUUUUCAUCCUGUUUCUGAUACUAAGCAGACACCUGAUGGUGUUAAAAGAAUCGGUGAGAAGACUGAAGCUUCACUGGUAUGGUUUACUUCAGCAAGAACUGCAAGCCAAUGGCUUGAUUUCUGGUUACGUCAUCGACUCCUGUGGUGGAGAAAGUUUGCCAUGAGUCCAUCUAACUUCAGCAGCAGCGAUUGUCAGGAUGAAGAGGGACGAAAAGGAAACAAACUUUAUUACAAUUUUCCCUGGGGAAAGGAGCCAAUAGAAACCCUGUGGAAUUUAGGAGAUCAUGAACUUUUGCACAUGUAUCCUGGAAAUGGGUCUCAAUUACACGGCCGAGAUGGACGAAAAAGUGUGAUUCCUUCUGUUUUAUCUGUACGUGGAGAUCUAGACCGAGGCAUGCUGGCCUACCUCUACGAUUCUUUCCAGCUAACAGAUAACUCCUUUACAAGAAAGAAAAAUCUUCAUAGAAAGGUACUUAAACUUCACCCUUGUUUAGCCCCUAUUAAGGUUGCUUUGGAUGUGGGAAGAGGCCCAACAGUGGAACUAAGACAGGUUUGUCAAGGGCUAUUUAAUGAAUUACUAGAAAGUGGAAUUUCUGUGUGGCCUGGUUAUUUGGAAACUGUGCAGUCCUCGUCGGAACAACUGUAUUCAAAAUAUGAUGAAAUGAGUAUCCUCUUCACAGUUUUGAUUACUGAAGCUACUUUGGAGAAUGGAUUAAUACAUCUGAGAAGUAGAGACACCACAAUGAAGGAAAUGAUGCAUAUAUCCAAAGUAAAAGACUUUUUAACCAAGUAUAUAUCAUCAGCUAAGAAUGUAUAGAUUUUAAUAUCUGUAUAAUAAAUAUUCUCCUUUUCCGAAUUUGGUUGUCUUA